AUGACGCAAGAGAUACGUACCGUAGCGAUUGUUGGAUGUGGAGUGAUUGGCAUGGGAUGGGCAGUUCUGUUCCUGUCAAGAGGUCUGAAAGUUAUAAUCUCAGAUCCUAUGGAAGGAGCUGAAAAUGCCCUCAAGGGAUAUUUCGAGCAGUCACGGUCGUAUCUAGAAGGAUUUGGAGACUAUGAUAAGCUUGUGUCCAACUAUGAGUUUGUUCACGACAUUGCAUCGCGGCUAGCUGAGGCCGACCUUAUUCAGGAGAAUGGACCCGAGAGGCUAGAGUUCAAAAGGGGUCUUAUUGCAACAUUAGACAAGUAUGCUCGGCCAGGCGUUGUAAUAGCAUCGUCCUCAUCAGGUCUGCCAUCUUCGGAAUUCAUACAGCAGUGCAAGCAGGAUUCCACCCGUGUCCUCAUCGGACACCCUUUCAACCCACCUCACCUCAUUCCCCUAGUCGAAGUGGUGCCUCAUCCCGGCACAAGCAGCGAGUCUGUCAAUACCGCAUUGAACUUCUACAGAUCUGUUGGCAAGAGGCCGAUCCUUCUUCAUCACGAAGUCCCCGGCUUCGUAUCAAACCGCCUUCAGGCCGCGAUCAACAAUGAAGCGUAUAGUCUCAUCAGCAGGGGCAUUGUCUCUGCAGAAGAUCUCGAUGCAGCUGUCACGUCUGGGCCUGGACUUCGCUGGGCUCUGACGGGCCCGAUUGCUACGAAUGCUCUUGGUGGCGGAGGCGGACCUGAAGGUUUUUCACAGCGGAUGGAGAGACUUGGGCCGGCGAUUCGUGGAUGGGAGGAUGAUAUUCUGAAGCAUAGAUUUGACUGGAGUGAGCAGAGGAUGUCGGCGCUUCAGGAGAGUGUGAAUAAGAGCCUGGGUGCUGUUAAAUGGGAUCAGCUGGUGGAAGAACGAGACUUGGUACUACUCCAACUUUUGGCUGCGAAGCAGAAGAUGGCCUCUAUGUCAACACCCUCAGGUCACUGA